UGCCUGGCUCCUCCAUGUAGUAUGGGGGUGCCUGAUCCCCAAGUGACCCCAGCAGCAGGGGCUGUGGCCUUCGAAAGAUCCUGGGCCCCAGACACACCUCGUAUGCUGCCUGCAGACAGCGAGAAGCUGACCGGUGCGACAGACAGCCAGGGCAUUCGUGCUGCACCGUCCACGCAGAGGGUGGAAGACUCCAGCGAGAGUCGUGAGGAGGAACAGGUGCCCGAAGGUCGGGACCCAAACAUGCUGUUUCCUGGAGGGGCUGGGAGGCCACCCCCCCUGAACCUCACCCAUCAGACGCCCCCAUGGCGGGAGGAGUACAAGGGACAGGUGAACCUGCACGUGUUUGAAGACUGGUGUGGGGGCGCCGUGGGCCACCUGAGGAAGAACCUGCACUUCCCGCUGUUCCCUCACACUCGCACCACUGUGAAGAAGCUGGCCGUGUCCCCCAAGUGGAAGAACUAUGGACUCCGGAUUUUUGGCUUCAUCCACCCAGCGAGAGAUGGAGAUGUCCAGUUCUCUGUGGCUUCAGACGACAACUCUGAGCUCUGGCUCAGCCUGGAUGAGAGUCCAGCGGCCGCCCAGCUUGUGGCCUUUGUGGGCAAGACUGGCUCCGAAUGGACAGCGCCUGGAGAAUUCACCAAGUUCAGCUCCCAGGUGUCCAAGCCCAGGCGGCUCAUGGCCUCCCGGAGGUACUACUUUGAACUGCUGCACAAGCAAGAUGAUCGAGGCUCGGACCAUGUAGAAGUGGGCUGGCGAGCUUUCCUGCCCGGCCUGAAGUUUGAGGUCAUUGGCUCUGCUCACAUCUCCCUGUACACAGAUGAGUCGGCCUUGAAGAUGGACCACGUAGCCCACGUCCCCCAGUCUCCAGCCAGCCAUGUGGGGGGGAGUCUGCUGCUGCAGGAGCCCACUGCAGACAUGCUGCAGCCGGACCCCAGGGAUACCUUCUUCCUCACUCCUCGGAUGGAGCCUUCAAGCCUGGAGAAUGUGCUGGAACCCUGUGCCUAUGCCCCCACCUAUGUCGUCAAGGACUUUCCCAUCGCCAGAUACCAGGGACUGCAAUUUCGCACCUUCAGCGUGGGCGCCGUGGACUUCGAGCUGCUGCGCUCCGACUGGAACGACCUGCGCUGCAACGUGUCGGGCAACCUGCAGCUGCCCGAGGCCGAGGCCGUGGACGUGGUGGCUCAGUACAUGGAGCGGCUAAACGCGCGGCAUGGAAUCCGGUCCUAUCUCCACCCCAUGCAGGGGAGCCGGCUCAGCGCGGCCGUCCCCGCAGUGAAGAACCAGGCGCGCUGGGUGGCGCAGUUCCUGGCCGACAUGUCCGCGUUGCACGCGCGCACCGGGGACGCGCGCUUCAACGUCGUGCUGGUGGAUUUCGAGAGCGAGGACAUGGACGUGGAGCAGGCCCUGCGCACAGCGCGGCUGCCCCGGUACCAGUACCUGAGGCGAACCGGCAACUUCGAGCGCUCUGCUGGGCUGCAGGCUGGAGUGGACGCGGUGGAGGACGCCAGCAGCAUCGUUUUCCUCUGCGACCUGCACAUCCACUUCCCGCCCAGCAUCCUGGACAGCGUCCGCAAGCACUGCGUGGAGGGCAAGCUGGCCUUCGCGCCCGUGGUCAUGCGCCUGGGCUGCGGGAGCUCGCCGGGGGACCCCCAUGGCUACUGGGAGGUGAAUGGCUUCGGCCUCUUUGGGAUCUACAAGUCGGACUUUGACCGUGUUGGAGGCAUGAACACUGAGGAGUUCCGAGACCAGUGGGGCGGUGAAGACUGGGAGCUCCUGGACAGGGUCCUGCAGGCAGGGCUGGAGGUGGAGCGGCUCCGGGUGCGGAACUUCUACCACCACUACCACUCCAAGCGGGGCAUGUGGGGCACUCGCAGCCGGAAGGGCUCCCGCAAGGAGGCAUCUUGAAGACGGGCAGCCCCGCAGCUCCUGCUGGAGUCCUCUGGUACCUGGGGACUCGGUGGUGCUGGCCAGAGGGGCCACUGCCACCCACCGCCCGUGCCUGCCCCCUCUCUCCCACCGAGGUCCCAGAGAGGCAGCCUUCACUGUUCGGGGCCACCCUCGGUCCCACAUACUGUGCGAUGAUUUCUGUGAAAUUUUGCUGUAGCGAUGACAUUGUUUUCAGGAUUUCCAAGAGUUCUGUCUGUUCCGUUUUUUAUUCAGAAUGAAAUGAAAUAUUUUUUUUAGUUCUGA